AGUUUACCUGGUGCUGUCUAAAGGCAGGAUGCAGGUCUUAGGGAUGGGAGGCAACAAAGGAAUGGCCCUGCUUGGAAAAUUUCUGGCAUGAUCUUCAACUCAGGCAAGGUCUCAGGCAGUGUUUACUCCCUUUUCUGCUCCCUCAAGGAGGUUAGCUGAGGCCUGGAAAGGAGAGAUGUUAUAAAGACCAGUCCCCCCGACCCCCUUCCUUUAGCUGUUCAGAAAUACCUAGAACAGAACCAAGAUUCUCUCUACACUUUCUCUAGUGGUGUAACUUUGUUUUCUUCUUUAACAAAUGAUUACAGAUAAUGCAAGGAAAAAUCCCAUUGGUUGCAUUUCUCAUGGGUUCUUAUACAUUCGUAAAUGAUUUUUGAUGGCCCAUGUGCUGCUUUGGAAAAUUAAAAAAGAUCAGAUUUCGAGGCUGCUGACGUACCCUUGGAUGGAUGGCCUGUAUGAUCUGUAUAGUGAGAGGUUCCCUUUGUGGACAUGAAGUUUUGGGAAUUCAUUACUAUAAAAUUAGGCUUCUUGAAAGGGCAGACUGCUCUUUGACGCUGAUCUCCCCUAUAAGACCAAGGCCCUUGUCACCAGCAGGAGAUAUGGACACAUGCUAGUUGUUAUUAUAUGGCAUUAGUUUUUGGUCCAGGUCAAGCCUUUUGUCCCAUCCCCAGAUCCCCCAAGUGGAGGUGACCACUGAUUGUGGAGGCAACAGUCCUCAAGCUGGGGGGGUAAACGGUGCCACAUUUAUGCUCUCCCACUGCCAGCAGCUUCCCUCUCUACUUCUCCACCCCUCUGAUUUCUGCCUCCUGCACUUGCUAACAGGCAUCUCUUCCUAAUUGCUGUUCCUUGAUUUAUUUCUUUCUUUUAUGUAGAUCAGUGAUUCUCAACUAGGGAUGAUAUUGACCCUCUCCCCCCAUGGGGUAUUUGGCAAUGUCUGGAGGCCUUUUGGGAUAGCGGUAACCAAAAGGUCGGCAGUUCGAAUCCGUCAGCUGCUCCUUGGAAAUGCUAUGGGGCCGUUUUAUUCUGUCCUAUUUUUUUAUAGGGUCAGUAUGAGCGUGAAUCCACUUGACGGCAAUGGGUUAAUGGGGGGCCUUUUUGGUUGUCACAACUCAGUGUGUGGGGAGGGUAUUACUGGCAUCUAGUGUGUAGAGGCCAGGUAUGCUGCUAAACAUCCCACAUUGCACAGGACAGCUCCUAAACAGAGGAUUGUCUGGCCCAGGGUUGUGAAGCCCUGAUGUAGACAAAGCAAAUGUAUCUUCUUGGCUGUGGAUUCACUACCUUGCAGUUGAUGAUAAUGUUGACAUUUAAAUGCCUAAAUGUUGGCCCUCAGUGGUGUUCCUGGAUUACCCAGUGGCAUCAGGAAUCUCGUGGGAGAGGCCAAGGUUAAUGUCUGAGCACCGCGGGUCACAACCAAAGGACUCUAUUUAUUCUCCAAAGAGUGGUAGAUUGCAGCCAGUUAAUAACAAUAACACUUACAUGGAAUGUUCAGAGCACAUUCACUCCCUUUCUUUCCUGUGAUCCUUCCCACAACUAUGAUGUUAUUGUGCCUAUGUAGAGUAGCUGAUUCUCAAAUCUGGGUUUUCUAACUCCAGCUUGUGCCCUUUCUGCCUCUCAGGCUCCCUGUAGUUAUGAGACAAAUUUUAUGGAGAAAUUCUGGAAAAGAUUCUCUGUCUGCAGCUCUUCCCCUUGCCAUAUUUCAUGAACUCCUUAAAACCAAACCUUUCACUGUUGAGCUGAUUCCGAUUCAGAGUGACCCCACAGAACAGAGCAGGACUGCCCCAUAGUUUUUCCAAGGCUGUAAAUCUUUACAGAAGCAGACUGCUGCAUCUUUCUUCCCUGGAGCAGCUGGUGGGUUUGAACCACCAACCUUGCGGUUAGCAACCAAGUGCUCAACUACUAUGCCACCAGGACUCCUUUCAUAUUUUAUUAGUUUCCCUUGUCCAAUCAAAACUGGCUCUUGGCAAAGACACUCAUCUUCAGUGAAUUUCAGUUGCUAAAUGAUCUACAACUUUUAUCUCUUAAGCUUUCUCUCUCCAAAAAAAAAAUAAAUAUAUUUGUCCCCUCUCAACGGGGUUUCAGGCCUGCUGGAAGUGGUUGUCCAUAAAGCUUUUGUGGAGCAAGGUAAUUGGGGAAGACAUGGAGUUCAUAUCGACCACAGUCACUCUUUUUCACCUUAAGAAGGUCAUUCUCUCUUUGGCUAAGGAACAAAGGCACUUUUAAUGCUGACCCCCUUCAUUUUGCCUUCCUCUUUUCCCCUGGCCCAGUCAACCUGACUUUGACCCCUAGAGCAGCUUAAAGUGCCAAAGGGUCUCUAUGCCCACUGUUAAGUGCAACCUGCUUUCCAGAAACGGUAGGGAGGGAGAGAGGUAAGCCUGGCCCAGUGAAUGUGGAUGAUUGCUAUAGUUCACUGGGUCCUCACCAUGAGCAGGCACUGUGCAAACAGGUUUACACACAUUAACACAACCCAAUGGAGUAAAGCCAGUUGACACCAAGUUGAUAUUGCAUACAGUAGGUAUGAGCAAAAGGAGCCCUCGUGAUGCAAUGGUUAAGUGCUUGGCUGAUAACUGAAAGGUUGGAGAUUUGAGCCCAACCAGCAGCUCCGCAGGAGAAAGAACUGGUGAUCUGUUACUGUAAAUAUUACAGCCUAGAAAACCUUAUGGGGCAGUUGUACCCUGUCACGUAGGCUUGCUAUGAGUCGAAAUCAACUCCUCGGCACUCAGCAACAAACAACAACAAGGUAUGAGCAAACCCAUUUCAAAGAUCAGGAAAUGGUAGUACAGAACAAUUAAAUGACUUACCUAAGUUCACACAGCCAAUCAACUCUGGACCUAGGAUUCCAGCCCUGGGUCUUCCUAAAUCCAAAGCUGAUAUCUUUACCACUUAAGAAAAAUGGCCUUUGUAGGAAGUAUUUUCAGGAGAAGUGAGCACUCAUUCAUCACAAAAUAGUUAACCAUGGGAGUGAAAUUCCUUUCUUAGUGGUAAGUGUAAUUAACUUGAAAAAUAGAGCAGGGCCCAGUUGCUGUACUGAUUCCAGGCCUCACGCCACCACCACCACGGGGAACCAAGAACAAGAGUAGCACCUUAGGGGCACAGAGGCAUUUUUGUGAAAUUUAUUCCAAAGCCUUGUCAUGUCUUGAUUGUUGUGUGACCAGUCGAAUAUUGACCAUUAAGCUAAUUCUGUAAUAUAUCCUUUCCAGGUUGACAAAAGAAAAAAAAUUAGCAUUUGAUGAGGAUAAAAUUGCUACAGAAUGCUCUCCAAAAGGAAAGCCCCAUAAAAAUGUCACAUGAACUGAUUUAGUCAAUGGCUAAAAGGUGCCAAAGCCCUGGCUGAAAAGUGAAAUGUAGUCAAUUGUCUGGCCUCUAGAAUGCCAAGCACUUUGUUUGACUGUUUUUCAUUCCCUGUCUCCCAUGGACUUUGUUUCCUAGGACAUUUCUUAAAUGUUGUAGGAUCUGAUCCUGGUCUAAAAAUGGCAUUAUGGGUGCUGCCCACCCCGUAAAUCUUUAGUGCUGGUUCCAACUAUAUCAAGUACAGGUUUUCACUGAAGGGGUGGGUGAAGCAAAUGGCAGCAUUGUCACUCAGUUGGCUGAUGCAUGUGGCAAAGCGAAAUGGUGUACCGACCUCUGGAGUUAUCAGACCUGCUUAGAUCUACUUUCAGGCUUACAUGCUACCUUCUACCUCCUUCCACAGUAGCAACUGCCAGAAUCUUUCAAAAUUGUUUGUUGACCUGUCUUCUUCCCACUUGCCUGAGAAUGCCUUGAGGGCAGGGGUCUCAUCCUUCUUCCAUCUCUGUGUCCCCAACACCUGACACAGAGCCAGAGCCACAAAGGUGUUCAAUACAUGCUUGUCAAAUUCAUGAAAAGGGUGUUUUGCUUGAAUUGAGUUAAGGUCAUCAGUUCAAUCGACUCUGAGGAGUGGGGUACCUCAGUCCAGUGGACUGGGAGGAGCUUGGGCCCUCAGUCCAGUUCACUGUGAGUUGCUGCCAACAACCAUGUCAAUGAACUUGGAAGCAGAUCCUCCUCAGGCUGAGUCUUCUGAUAAGACUGCAGCCUUGGCCAACACCUUGACUGCAACCUCGUAAGAGGCCUUGAGCCAGAGGCACCUAGCUAAGCCAUGCUCUGAUUUUGACCCACAAGAACAGUGAAAUAAUAGUUUGUUGUGCCUUUAAGUUUUCCAGUAAUUUGUUGUGCAGCAACAGAAAAUUAAUAUGGAUCCGCAAUUAACUGUUCAGCCGUGUUUCACUCUUGGAUUAUUAGACUGGCUUUUGGAGGUGUUGAAGGAAAAUGGGCUUUGCCACUUACUAGCUGUGUGACUCAGGAAGUUGCUAUACUUUCCUAUGCCUCAGUUUUAACAUCUAUAAAACAGGGGUAAUAAUAGUUGCAUACCUCAAAGAGAUUGCUCUGAGGGGCAUUUAGAAUAACUCAUGGCAUAUGGUAAAUUCUGUCUAUCAUCUGCCUAUCCUAUCACCUGUCUGUUUGCAGUUUAGAAGGCUCCCUAUAUGUCCACCAAUAGGGGAUGAUUAGUUAAAGAUCAUCAUAUACAUCUUAGGCAAUUUUGCAGAAUGCUGUUAAAAAAAAUGAAACAGAUGAGUUCAUGCUGAUAUCAGACAACCUUCAAUAUGUACUAUUAAGAGGAAGAAAAGAUGAAUUACAGUGUAUAUAGUA